AUAGCCAGCAGCAGGGGACACGAAACAAUGACUCCGGAAAGUGACACCACGUGACCCGUGUUGACCCGGAUGUUGAUAUCACACUGCGGCUCGUGCUUUUCCGGUUCUGAACCACGUUAAUGUUUUCUUUAGUAUAUUAUUCAGCUUUUCUUCACAUUACUAAGAACCUUGCAAGCUUCCAGGAUUGAUAUGCCUUCUUAGAUAUUGUUCAUUAUUCAUGAAAUAACUUCAACCGAGGAAAGCGCAAACAUGUCUCAGGAACUGUACCAGUCAGGCGUCACCACCAGCGACUCGAGCCCCAUAAAAGAUGAGAUUCCCAGGACCAAUGCCGGCAAAACGCCCAUCCAAAUCCUGCACGAGUAUGGGUCUAGAAGUGGCAAAAUUCCGGCCUAUGUGAUGGAGAAAGCCGAUGGGGAGGCCCACCAGCCCAGCUUUGUCUUCAGUGUGACGGUGGGAGAUGUCUGCUGCCAAGGGGAAGGCCCGAGUAAGAAGGCGGCCAAACACACGGCUGCUGAGGCUGCACUGCACGUACUGCAGGUUGACGUUGCGGCCACGAACGGUGAUACAACCGACACUAAUCCCAACUCGGUGGGGACACUGCAGGAGCUGGCCUUGCAGCGAGGCUGGCGUUUGCCCGAGUACACGGUCUUAAUGGAGGCUGGUCCACUGCACAGGCGAGAAUUCACCGUGUCCUGCAGGCUGGAGUCUCUGUCAGAGACAGCGUUAGGAAGCUCCAAAAAGUCAGCAAAGAAGGCUGCAGCAGAGAAGAUGGUGGAUAAGCUUCAGGCUCUGUCAGGCUCCUCGGAAAUCACCUGGACUCCCAAACCGAGGGUGCAGUUUGAGGACCUCAGGAACUCCUCAGCAGAGAAGAUCUCCUCACUGAGGAGGAACCCGCUGAGCAUUCCCAACACAGACUACAUCCAGCUGAUGUCGGAGCUGUCCAAGGAGCAAAGCUUUGCUGUGGCCUACUUGGAUAUUGAUGAGCUGACGGCCAACGGUCAGUACCAGUGCCUGGCAGAGCUGUCCACCUCCCCCGUCACCGUGUGCCACGGCACAGGGAUCUCGCACAGCAACGCGCACAACGCCGCCGCACACAGCGCCCUCCAGUACAUCAAGAUCAUCGCCUCCAACAAAUAAAAGCCACCUCCGUGUUUAGCACGCUGCUUCACCUGCCCACACUGGAUGAGGAUGGCGCCGUAGUAAGAGUCGUCCGGUCUUCAUGUUCUAGACAUGAAGGAAAAUCUGCGUUCCCGUGGAUGUACGCAGCUUGUCAAGAGUGUGUUGAGUUUUACUGAUUCAUUUUAUGUAAAUGUUUGACACUUCCUUUUCUCAAAGAUGCUUUUAGGUGACCAUUGUUUCUCACAGGGAUGGCCGAUAUGGUAUAAAAUCCAUAUUGUGAUAUUGAUUGCAGCCUUUAGUCUUUGGCAUAUGAAUUCUAAUAAGGGUCGGCUUUGGCACGUGUGUUCACAGUGUAGUUGUUCUUGUAUUCUCUCUCUAGACUUGUGCGUAGCUGCUUACUCUCCGCUGUAGCGCAGCUCCAGCUGGACCCGUGUUAAAGUAUACCAAGCACUUAUUUCUUCUGUUGUUUUGCUGCUUUAGAAUGGCUUCUUCUUCUCUCCUUCUGCUCUCUCCUGCUCGGCGUGUCGCAUGUUUAGCUAUUCCAUGAUGCUAUAAUAAGUUUACUUUAUUUGGAGGCAAGUAUUAAUAAGUAAGGGGAGUGGCCCAGCACUCUGGAAGGAACUACUUUAGCCGCGCUACCUAGCCCCUUGUGUCUGGGUGCUGUGUUACACUGGCAACUCGUUGCAGCUUGUCAAUCACCCCAGUGUUCAUACGUGUACUAGACAUGUCAGUUCUGCCAGGAAUCGAUACAGCUCGCCGAGGGAAAAGUUGCAUAACCGAUACUGAUGAUAUUGGUGGGACCGGCCCCUAUGAAACAGACGACAUUGUUUGGGCCAGUCCUUUCACAGAGCUAAAAUCCCCCCCAGUCUUUAAUUCUAACAGCUGUGAAAUACGUCUAGGAGUCUCAAGGACAGUUUACAAUUGGAUUCACACAAGAGGUGGGUACAAACAAUUGCAAUGCCAGCACAGGAGAGGGCAAUUGGCAGCCAACAAAGGUUUAGCGAAGUCCAAUCGCUCUAUGGAGAGGAACCUUGUUUUUUUUUGUAUUUGUUUUUUUUAAUGAUGUCGGAGAGGUGGUACAAUGGGUGUAAAACUUCCCUUUUUUUGUUGUUAGGAUACUAGGCACCGGCCCAUCUCAGUUGGACAGUUAAUCGCUCCUCAGACAGAUUAAAAUGUCAAAGUAUCGAUUAUUGUCCUACCAGGAGGACACCAGGACAUUCCUGGUGUUCCUUUCAGCGUGUCCUAGGUCUGGCCGAGGGCCUCAUUGCGGUUGUGCCUCACCAGGGGUCCAGGAGGGAUCCGGACUAGAUGUCCCAGCCACAUCAACUGGUUCCUAUCGAUAACUGAAAAUGCUCCAGUAAACGCUGAAGGCCACAGUUUGAUGAUGCAAUCAGGACCACACCGUCCGAAGGACGCCCAAACUGAACACCCUCCUAGCCUUGGGUGCACCUAGAAAUUGUGUCUAUGAAAGCAAAAUUUGGACUUCUACAUGUAGGUGUGGCGCUACUUGUUUGCCCUCGCAAUACAUUGUAGGAGGGAUCAUUGUUUCCAACUUAAGCAGCGGGUGCUGCUGUGGGCCCCUUCCCCAUCUAACAGCACUGAGAAGCAGCUCUGUCUUAUUUGUGACUUUUUUUUUUAAGUCUUGACUGGGUUUUCAUGUUUUUUUUACUCACUUCUUCCUGAAAGCAUCAUGGCUAAUUAUGCAAAACUGCCGAUUACUCCUCUGGGAAACACUUGGUGGUCUUUUAAGGUUUAGUAGGAUUUUAGCAUAUUGUAUCCUCACACAUGUGUAUCUUAUGUAUGAAGGCAGAAAUGAAUAAAAUCCUAAAUUGCAUAUACA